AUGUUUGCAUCGAGAAGACUGAGUCAACUGGUGCUUUGUUCCACCUUUAUUGCUGGCUGCCUGGGAUAUGCCUGGGAUGCUCCAGUAGCGGGUUCCUGCACAAAUUACUACUACAGUUAUGAUUUCGGAUGUAACUACGCAGAAGCCUACUAUCCGUGUUCCUACGCUAACCAGCCCUUCUUGGGAUCACUCUUCGAGUGUAUUGGUAGUUAUGCUAAAGAUGAAGCCGAGAAGAUUGAAGGGUACAACUAUAUCAUUUUCCUGGCCACUUAUGGGGGAUACGACUACACCUUGGAUGAUGUCUACACCAUGAUAGACAACUCCACUAAGUACAUGAAGACAGCAGAAGAUGCUGCCAACCUUACCAUUGUCAAUUUUCCGUUUGCACCAGAUCGGGAAACAAUUCUUUGGAACAGAAAGAUUUACUACCAGAUGACUAAAUUUGCUAAGAUUGAUACCAAGUGGUUGGGCUGGGGUCUAAUCUUUUUCUGGGUUGUGGUUAUUGCAUGUGCGACUGUGGUCAAUGUCAACAGACGUUAUCUUAAAAUUCCAGUUCCUAGAAAGGUGAGUCAAGCAGUGAGAAAACACCUGACCUACCCUUCUACUGUCAGAUAUUUUCCUAGUCUGUUUCCAACCAGACUACACUCUAUCGUCAUCUGUCUCUUUUUGAUUCAAACAACCUUAUCGUCCGCUAUUGGCUACAAUUUCAUGCUUCCAAACCCAUAUCUUACGGAUAAGCUGUUUAUUAUGUAUGUGAUUCAGCACAGAACUGGAAUGUUUUCUCUCUACAUGUUCCCUCUCUUGAUUUUUUUCAGCAUCAGGAACAACCCUCUCGUCUACUUCUCUGGUCUGUCUUACAGCGAUUACAUGACAUACCAUAAGGUGACUGCAAUAGUCAUGACAAUUGAAGCCUUGAUCCAUAGUAUUGUCUGGACUGCUUAUGUAUAUGUGGAAGGUGAUGCAGCGCUGUUGAUGGAAGAUGCUUAUUGGAAAUGGGGAGUAGUUGCUACAUGUCUUGCUGGUGUAAUGAUCACUCACAGUCUUAAACUCUUUAGACAAUAUGCCUACGAGACGUUCUUGUUUUUCCACAAUGUCAUGGGAAUACUAUUCAUUGCCGCAAUUUGGAUGCAUUUGAACGAUCUUGGUUACAGAGGCUUUGUGUGGGCUCUGCUUGCAACCUGGUGUCUCGAUAGAGUGGCCAGGAUCUUCAGAAUCUGCUUGAGUGGGGGUCUUCAAAAAAUGGAAAUUGAGAUGUGUGAUGCCGAUGUGAUGAAAAUCACCUUCAAGAAACCCCGCUAUAUGCAGUAUUAUCCUGGGUCGUACCUGUUUAUAUCAUUCCUCAGACCUUGGUACUCUGCCUGGCAAUUCCAUCCGUUCACCACCAUCUCCUCUCCAGUUGAAGACGGUGACUCUUUAACUUUGUACGUCAAGGUUAAGAAGGGUAUUACUAAAUCUCUUUCAAAGUUAAAGUUUGAUGAGAACAACAAGAUGACAGUGAGGGCUCUUGUGGAAGGUCCAUACGGUAGCAGGGUUCAUUCAUGUGAUCCCGAAGAAGAGUUCAUCGGUAUUGCUGGAGGACUUGGUAUCUCCGGUGUUCUCCCUGCCCUGUUCGACUACAUCGACAAAAUACCCUCUUCAGCAAAAGUCUCUAUGAUAACAGCAAGCCAAGACAAAAAUAAGCUUGAUUCGGAGUCAACCAGUGUCAAUACUGGAUCAUCCGAUCCUACCCACAAUUCGUCUCUGUUUUGGAUCAUCAACGAUGUAAGACACCUCAACUGGUUGAAUUCAACUCUCAACUACCUGACAGAAAACGGCUGCAAGGUAACUGUUUUACUGUCCAAAAGAAAUGCGGAGGAGUCCACCGACGCCUCAUUUGUUCAAACCAUCAAGUACUCGGUUCGUUAUGCUGACGGCCGCCCUGACAUCGGGACGCUGAUUGAAUCAUGUCUCCUCACUAAGAUAAAAAAUCGCCUUUCUUUCUACACGUGCGGUUCAGACUCUUUCAAUGAUACAAUGAGGGAUGAGAUUGCAAGAAAGAUUGAGGUGGGGUCGAACGUUGAGUUGAGCCAUUAUGCCGAGGCCUAUGUUUGGUAA